CAAACAGACACACUCUACCGGUGACUCGUCACUCCGCGCUGGAAGAUGGCUGCGGUGGAGCGGACCCCGGUCAGGGAAGGGAUCCGGAUAGUUGUGUUGUGCGUGUGCUGGUACACCGUCAGCUCCGGGGGUAACGUCGUCAACAAAAUCAUCCUGAAUGGCUUCCCGUACCCGGUCACGGUGUCUCUGUUCCACAUCAUCUCCAUCGUCGUCUUCCUGCCGCCGCUGCUGCGGGCAUGGGGAGUCCCCAAAACAGAACUGCCGAGCAGGUACUACCGCUGGUAUAUCCUGCCUUUAGCCUUCGGAAAAUACUUUGCAUCUGUGUCGGCGCACUUCAGCAUAUGGAAAGUCCCGGUUUCCUACGCACACACCGUCAAAGCCACAAUGCCGAUCUGGGUUGUGCUGCUAUCAAGAAUUAUCAUGAGGGAAAAGCAAACCACGAAGGUCUACAUAUCUCUCAUCCCCAUCAUCGGCGGCGUGCUGUUGGCCACGGUAACCGAGCUCUCCUUCGAUGUUUCGGGCCUCAUUAGUGCCCUCGCCGCCACGCUCUGCUUCUCUCUGCAGAACAUCUUCUCCAAAAAGGUGUUGCGUGACACGCGGAUUCACCACCUGAGGCUGCUCAACAUCCUGGGCUUCAACGCCGUCAUCUUCAUGCUGCCCACCUGGGUUCUGGUCGACCUGUCUGUGUUUCUAGUGAACGGAGACUUGUCGGACGUCUCAGAAUGGACCGGAACCUUCGUCCUCUUGCUCAUCAGCGGUUUCUGUAACUUCGCCCAGAACGUCAUCGCCUUCAGCGUCCUCAACCUCGUCAGCCCGCUCAGCUACGCCGUCGCCAACGCCACCAAGAGGAUCAUGGUCAUUAGCAUCUCACUGCUGAUGCUGCGCAACCCCGUGACCCUCACCAAUGUCCUGGGUAUGAUGACCGCUAUCGUCGGGGUCUUCCUCUAUAAUAAGGCCAAGUAUGACGCCAACAGGGAGAAGAAGCUGCUGCCGACCACGAAGUCAGACCUGAUGUCCUACGACAACCCGGCGCUGGAAAAGAUCCAGGCCAACGGGUCAGUGCCUUUCUCCCACGGCUCGGAGCAGCAGCACAGCUGGAACAACGUGCUGACCGACCACUUCCAGUACAGCCGGCAGACCUACACGACGAGCUACGGCGGAAACCCCCAGUACGUCGUCUAAGCGGGGAGCGCGCGUCUGUGCACUCGCGCUGGGUCGCCGUCAUAGACAUUACCGUGUGUAGCCGCCAGCCCCAGCAGCGGGUCGUCACGGCAACGCUCCAACAUGAGACUGAAGGCAAGUGCUGUUUGUUACCGAAACGUCAGGAUGUGAGACCUGACGUGUCCAACGCCUCCCUGUCUCAGCUUCAAGUUCACUUCAGUUUAUUUAUUAUGUUGGUACCGACUGUACGGCGCCGCUCCACAGAAAACAAAGCUCAUAUCAAAUAUUCUCAGACAUUUGGGUGAUGGAUUAAGCCAUGAUAUCAGUCACAGAAAAAUGUGACUCCGUAGGAUGGAAAUGAGAAAAGAGGUGCAAUGAACUGGUGUGAGUUUUGUUUUCACCAUAAGCUCUUGGUUUGGGAUUUCUUUUGUUUUUUUCUUUAAUUUCAGUAGUUGUUCUUUACUGAGAACCAAGAACAGACAUCUGUCAGUCCUGCACGUACUGGAAAGCCUUUACAUUUUGGUUUUAGGCGUUCCAAGUCAUUUUGGUUCAGUUGUCAUGUCCUUUUUCUUCAUGAGGCAUGUGUCCUGAUGUGAGGAGAAGCAAUUUGUUGCCUUCAAUGAAUAAAAUAAAUUAACUUAUUCUGCUUAUUUGUAGCUGUAGAGACAGAUUAGAGGGAUUCUAGAUGAGGUAGGGCUGCAUGAUAUGUACAUUAUUUCAGUAUCAUCAUUGUAAUUUUUGCAAGUUAGAUAAAUUCACUGAAUCACACUGUAAAAAUGAGUGAGAAACAGGUUUGAAAUGACAAAUAGCAGAAUUUAGCUUAAAAAAGCAGCACCAGGAAUGAUGAUUUUUAACCAAAAACAAGUGCUUUGUCAACACUUCCAGUGAAAGUGACAAAUUAAUUGUCCUCAAAUGUCUUCAGAAGACUCAACUUCUUUUCUGUUUGGUAUUUUGAAACCACUCGUACAGUGUUAAAGUUCAAGACACAACAGUUCAGAAGUUCUUUCUCUGCAUAUGGAAGAAAAUCACCCCAAAGUGUUUACAGCACUGACAAAACUGACCUGUUGCAUAAAUGUGAUGUAAUUGGCAAUACAUGUGAAAUUUCAAAACUGUUUAUCAUUGUCCUAUGAAAUAACACAAAAAAAAAUCAAUGAAUCUGGAAAUUUCACAAAAAACACACCAAAACUUUUGGCCAUGACUAUACAGUGACUGUUUCCAAAUAUCUGCUGAGCAUAAGUGUAUUUUUUCUUGUUGCCUGUCAUGAUAAUGUAAUUGUAAUUGAUGAUUAAAUAAUUUUUUCCUGUUCA